AUGAGAACCGCAUUCAUCCAGAGAGACACGAAUGAAACAAAAAUUUGUGUUGCUAUUGCUUUAGACAAGGCACCUUUGCCUAAGGAGUCAGACUUUUUGGAUGAAGUCAUUACCUCGAAGCAUGCAAAUCAAAAAGGUGAACAAACAAUCCAAGUUGACACCGGCAUCGGCUUUCUUGAUCACAUGUACCAUGCAUUAGCUAAACAUUCCGGCUGGAGCCUUCGUCUUUACUCACGGGGUGAUUUGGUUAUUGAUGAUCAUCAUACAGCUGAGGAUACUGCAAUUGCCUUGGGUGCAGCUUUCAAGAAAGCUAUGGGCAAUUUUGCCGGUGUAAAGCGUUUUGGCCAUGCUUAUUGUCCUUUGGAUGAGGCUCUUUCCAGAGCUGUUGUUGAUUUGUCCGGCCGUCCUUAUUCCGUUAUUGAUCUUGGAUUAAAGCGUGAAAAAAUUGGCGAGCUUUCUUGCGAAAUGGUUCCCCACCUCUUGAAUUCAUUUGCUACUAGUGCCGGUAUUACCUUGCACGUCUCUUGCUUGUAUGGUAACAAUGACCAUCAUCGUACGGAAAGUGCCUUUAAAUCUUUCGCAGUUGCUUUGCGAACUGCUACUGCUUUAACUGAAAGUAAAGAGGUUCCCAGCACAAAAGGUGUUUUGUAA